AUGUCGCAUCAGACCGACCAAGAGGGUGGGGCCAGAUCUAGGGCUACUAAAAAGGCCGCCGCGCAAACCAAUCAAACGAAACGUGCGGCGGGGAAAAAGGCUGAGGUGGGAAAGCAGAAGCCCGGGAAGAAGGCGGAGGACAAGGGGAAGCAACCAACGGCACGCAAGCAUGUUUCGGCCGUCAGGAGCGAUGCGGAUGUUGCCACUGCUGCCCUCGAGCCCGGUCCUUCUGACGACGGCACCAUCGGCGGGAACGAAGACCCUGGGCGUGGCGGCGUGAGUGUUGCCGUCCGGUCGGGGGACAGAGAGGGCUUUGCGACUGGAGGAAAGCACGGCGACUCUCCCCGCCAAGAUCAGGCCGCAACUUCGACGUCCGUGGCAGAGGCAAAGCAGCAGCAUCUGACGCUGCCCCACCCGCCCGUGGUCGAAAUAUCUGCUGCAGUGAUAGAUAAGGAGAAGGAUGCUGCGCACGAUUGCACGGAGGGGCCGAAACACGACAUUGCCGACGUAGGUGGAUCUCCUCCCUCUGGGGGACGCGGGAGGCGUAGGCAGAGGAAGAGCGAUGGUGAGGAGGAGAAUGACACCCCCGUGGCUGAGGACAUGCCCAUACGCGCGAAGAGGAGGCAGACGACAGCCAGCGGUGACGACGCCGGUGGUGCUGAAGUUGGGACAAUGCGAGGCACCACGGCGCCAAGUGGCUUGGCGACAGAUCAUGCAAUGCGGCAUAAGGUGGGAUCCGGUCCGAGGAAACCAUCUAGCGGACGGAGGGGGAAGCAAUCUUCGGGGGGGAAUAGGCCGAAGCGCGGCAAAGAAGGCCCUGGUGAAGCGGAUGUUGAGGACGAGGGGGAUGGGGAGGAGGAGGCCGAGGAGGAUGCGGAGGAGGAGGACGAGGAUGCAGGGGAGGGAGAAAAGGACGAGGAUGAGCAGGAGGGCGACGAUGAUGAGGAGGAGGAGGAGGAGGAGGAGGAGGAGGAGGAGGAGGAGGAGGAGGAGGAGGAGGAGGAGGAGGAGGAUGAGGAUGAGGACGAUGAGGAGGACGAUGAGGGGGACGACGAGGAUGAGGAGCAGGAGGAGGAGGAGGAGGAUGAGGAGGAGGAGGAGGAGGAGGAGGAGGAGGAGGAGGAGGAGGAGGAGGAGGAGGAGGAGGAGGAGGAGGAGGAUGAGGAGGAGGAGCAGGAGGAGGAGGAGGAGGAGGAAGAGGAGGAGGAGGAUGAUGAGGAGGAGGAUGAGGAGGAGGAGGACGACGAGGAGGAAGAGGAGGUGGAGGAAGGGGCGGAUGAGGAGGAGGAGGAGGAGGAGGAGCCGGCAGGGAAAGGACGGGGCGCGCGAGGCGGACGGGGGAGUGGCACAGGAAAGGUGGGGGGCCGCCCGGGGCAGGGCGGUCUCCCCCCGCGUGUGCAUCAACCAAGCACCUUUGCCAAUCCCUUCCCUGAGCUUCCCUUUUCCCGCCAGCGUGAUAGUGUGAGGGCACACGGUGCUGCUGCAGAAGACGUUGAUCCCCUUGGCCAGAGAGGGGUUUCUACACACCCUUUUCCGGAUGUCAUGGAUGCGCUGGCUGAAGGUGCAGAGCACGGGCAGUUUGUUACAUGA